AUGAAUCAACAACAUGGCCAGUUUGAGAAGGAAACAGAAAAUAAGAGCAGCGAUUAUGGCGACGGGUGGAGCACGGACGAGGACGAGCCGUCCGUGUUUCGCCCGAACGCCAUCGCGUUCCCCACCCACACAGCUGACAAUCGCGGCGCGCAGGAGCAUCGCAGCGCGGUGCACCAUCAUAGUUUCGUAGCAGCUCCUGAGAGCUACGGCGACAGGCAGGCCCUCCUCAACACUUGUCUGCUCCCUCACUCUCUCGCCGCCUCAACACCCCUCCCCUGGCAAUUAUCGCACACACCCCACAUCCUUUCCCUGCCUGCUCCUCCUGUUCAUCCUCCUCCUGCUGCUGCUGCUGCCGCCGUGGCACCCUCCCCUUCGCCCUCUGCCACACGACAUCCAUCCUCUCUCCGAGAUCCGAGCAUACCCGCCACGAGCACGCACCCUGCCGCUGUGAGUGCACCCCGCACUCUUCCUCCUCCGGCUGAGGGGGGAAAGGACUUGGAGCGUAUAAAGGCAGAGGGUGCAGAUGGCAUGGCAGGUGGUGGGGGUGACAUGGCAGCGUCUGUAUGUGGGGCGGCAGUGGGGAUUGAGGGGUGUGAGGACGAGCCUGCUGAUGCUCCCCUGCGACAACUAGAUCUGGACCCUCGGCGGAGAGAGGUGGGUGUUGAGGGGGACUUGGAGGCUGGUGCUGGUGCGGGAGAAGAGGGAAGGCAGGGGGAACGUGAAGCUACAGAGAAGGGCACAUCAGCAUUGGAGGAAGCUGCAGAUGCCUCACUCUCAGCGCCAUCACCUGCUGCUCUCGCCGCAGCCCUGCUUGCGCCCACUGCCCCCCACCACGCCCCUGUGCGCAGCGGGCGCAUCUACACGCGCCGCCGCGCCCGCUCCGGCGCUCGCAGCACUGCUGAGCGCUGCAGCAGCUGGGGACGGGGGGGCGCUGAUUGCACUGCCGCAGCGGGGGAAGGGGGAGGAGGUGGGGACGAGGGGGGCGGGGGAGAAAAGGGGGAAGGACGCAAGGAGGGGGAGGAGGAAGCUGGACAAGGGGAGGGAGAGGAUGGGCAGGGGGAUGGGGAGGAAGGGAACAGCAGCAGCUGUGGGGAAGGUGAGGAGGGCACGGGACAAGGGGCUGGUGGCGGGGAAAAGGGGCCAGGAGGGGGAGGAAGGGGAGGAAAGGGAGGGGCAGUGAAGCUUGAUGCGGUGAGAGAGAGGCUAGUGGGGCGGGUGGCCAAGGGCAGGCGGCGAGGCAAGGGGGGAGGUGCAGCGGGGGCAGCGGGGGCGUUGGGGCAGCAGGUGGCAGUGCGGGCGGGGAUAGCAGAGCGGGCAGCAGGCAGGCGUAGCAUGGAGUUUGGCGCUGAAGUGAGCGUGGAGGGCACGGGCGUGGGGGGGGGAAGAAGCAGAACCCUGGCGGAGCUGGUUGUAGCGCGGGGGAGGGGGAGUGCGCGGGGGAAAGGUAAGGGGGGGAAGAAGGGGGACGGACGCGGGAAGGGGAAGGGGGAGGGGGAUGGGGAGGGGGAGGUGCGGGUGCUGUGGUUAGCGGAUUCAAGUGUUGCUGCCCGCCCCUUGGGGGAUGGGGAGGGGGACGAGGAGGGGGGGGAAGAAGAGAGGGGGGUGGGAGAAGGGGAGGAUCAGGAGGGGGCGGGGACGGUGGGAAGGCAGGGUGUGAAAGGUGCGCAGUUGGGCAGUGGGCGGAAGAGAAAGGGUGCUGGCAAAGGGGAGGAGGUGGGGGAAGAAAGUGGAGGGGAGGAAGUGGGGAAGGGAGAUGGAGGGGGCGCGGGUGACGGGGAGGUGAAGGCGGGAGGGCAGAAAGGGGAAGAUGGGGUUGAAAAGGAAAAGGAAGAAGAUGCAUCGGGCGGGGGAGCAGAGGAGAAAGGCACUGCUUCUGCACCUGCCCUCCUCACUGCACCCGAAGGUGCAAACUCUGUUUCUGCUGCCGCCACAGCAGCACCAGCACAUGCGUUUAUGUCUCAUAGCGACAUGGCAGCUUCUUUGCAUGCAUCAGAACCACACAAGUCAGCAGCAGUGGCACCGAGGGAAGCUCCGGCAUCAGAUGAAGCAACAGCAGCACCAUCCCCUGAGGCAGCACCCAUGCCAGAAGGCACGGAGGCAGCACCUUCCAACCAUCCACAGGGUGUUGGCUCUGUCCCUCUUGCCUCUGCUCUUCCUUCUCCUGGAUUUUUCCGCUCUGCUGUCACUCCUGAGGUUGCUGCCCCUGGUGCUGCCACCCCUGCCACUGCCACGCCUGCUGCUGCUCCUGUAACCGCAGCAGGAAGUGGGGGUGGUGGGAGAGGGGACGGUGGGAGUAGGGACGGUGGGAGCGAGGGCAGGGCUGUGAGGGCGGGUGGUGUGAAAAGAAAGGCGGGUGAGGUUGAGGGUGAGGAGGGAGAAGAGAGUGCAGUGCUUGGGGAAGGAGUAGGGAAAGGGUCCGGGAAGAGUAGGCGUGUGGAGGGGGAGGUGGCAGUGGGGCAAGGAGGAGGGCAGGAUGGGGCUGGUGGGGGGAGUGGGGCAGGUGGGGGAAGUGGUGCAGGUGGGGAGAAACGGGAGCAGGCAGGAUGUGAAGAAGAUGUUGGGGUGGGUGGUGGAGGUGUGGAGAAGCAAGUGUGUGGCGACCAAGGUGAGAGCUCCGAUGCGGUGGGAAGUGGUGGAGACGACACAAUCAUGGGUGGUGCCUCGUCACAAGACAAGCUUGAAGCAAAUGGAAGGGAGGGGCGGCACGUGAGUCGGUGGGUGAAUCAUCAUCUGAGGGCCAUCCCUGCAAGCACCAUAGGUCGCAACGACCACACGUGGGCAGCCAUAGCAGCGGGUGUGGCAGCAGAGCGGGCGCUCUUCAACCAGUCCGCCAACCAGCGCCUCUACCUCUCCCUCUCCGCCCGCGCCCUUGCUGCCGCUGCCUCAUCACCCGCCAACCUCGCUUCUCCCUCGUCCCCCUCUGCUGCCGCAGCUGCUUCUGUCACUCAAGUUCAUAGUGCUGCCGCUCCACUCGCGGCCGCUGGUUCUUCCGCUGAAGCUGCAGGUCUGGCAGUUAAGUUUCCGGAUGAUACCAGGCCAAUCUCCAUAGCUGAUGCCUUGGCUCGGGCAUCCGUGGCUCGGGCGCUCCGAGCCACAGGCUUGGAUGGGCCGUCACCACCGGGAUCUCCAAAGAGGGAGGACGCAGGGCGGGAUAAGGGGCAGCAGGGGGCCGGGGAAGAGAGUACGAAGCCUGUGAAGGCACCUCAACCUGCUGCUGCCGUGCAGGCAGGCAGGGAGCGUGACAAUGUGGAGUGUGAUUCUAAAGUGGGUGAUGGAAAGGUUGAAGGGGCUAAGGGCAGUGUGCAGCGACAGCAGCAAGGAAGGGAGGCAGAGAGGGUGGCACAUAGAGAGAGAGCAGCAGGCAAGAGUAGUGGUGAAGCAGCGGGUGUUGGUGGCACAGGUGGCACACAGCAGGGCGAGCAGGACGAGCAGGGGCGGGUGGAGGGCGAAGGAAGGGAGGGGCAGGGGGAGAGGAGGCAAGGGGAGGGCGGGGCGAGUGGGGAAGCUGUGGUGGAGGCCGGGCCAGUCCCGGGGGCGGGGAGGGCGAUGCAGGGGAGGUGCUGGAUGGGGACUGUGGAGCCAGUGUAG